GUUCACUUCAGAAAGUGAUAUUUAAAGGAAGUUACGGUGCGUAGUUGGAGCAUCAGUCGGACUUUAUUCUGCUCGCACUUCUCCACCUGUUGAUCCACAUUUUUAUUUCGCCGGCACCAUGAAACUCUUCCUUCUGUCGUGCGCUUUGGUCGCUGUGGCAGUGGCGGAUAAUAUCCGCGUGGAAUACCGCCUGGUGGACUACUCUAAUCCAGGAAGCGUUUUGGCUGAUGGCAAGACGAAAUGCGAGCGAAGUGGACCGUGUGAUCCCAAGCUGACCGGCGAAGUUGACGUCACGUCAUCCGCUUUGAAUGCUUGGCCAGACGACAAGAAAGUGGCUAAAUGGGUAACAAUCUUCCAAAAGAAAUCCACCGAUAAGGAUCGAGUAGGGAAAAUUGUCUCCCGCGACAUCUGCGACGGAAAUUUCAGGAAAUCGAAUUUGCGAGUGCAAGCAAUGGAUGUGAACACCUUCUCCAGCAACAAAGAAAUCCAGCAGUUCGAAUGCCUUAUUUCCGGCGGCCAGCGCGAUGUUGCGUCCAGUGAGCAGCGUGCUCAAUGGUCAGAACCCAAACGUUGCGAUCAGAAAUACACCAAGCCUGGAAACGCCCAAUUGACGUACCAGUGGCGAGUCUACAGUAUUCCCAGCCGAGAAUGUGGAAGACAGUUAUAAUACAGUACCAUUUGUUGACAGAACGAAAUCACUAGAUUUCAGAUUUUUGGUUUCUACUGCACAUUUUGGUGAUUAGUGGAUUACAGUACAAAUACGAGUUUUUUGAAUUGUUGCCAGACAUCUAUCCGUCACAACUUCUGUCAUCAUUCUGAUUUAUUCUUGCUUUUUGCAACGCUGCACGACUCCGCAGUAAAAGCAAUCAUGAAAAA